UGAGAAGCUAUUUGGGGAUUAUCUUCGAUCUCAAGGAUUGGACGUUUGUGACUCUUUUCAACUGUCACAUGCACAUGUUGGUGUUGCUCUGACGGCGUUCUUCAGGUUGGGCAUGUAUUAUGACCCCAGCAUCCAUGAUUGCGAAAGGUGUGUUUCCUCACUGCACAGGUUGCGCGAGUUGGAUUUCCUUUGUUUUUGCUUUACGAACGGGUACAGGACUGCGAUGCAGGGAGAAGGCGGUUUGCAAUUACACGCAGCAGCCGAGGAUUAUAGAUAGACGUCCAACUCACGCCACUCCUUCAUUUCUGUGCGCACGCUUUGUCUCAACUGAGUUUCCGCAAGGUGUCAGACGCAGUAAAAUGUUAUCAACACGGCCUUCAAGGAUCAAGCUUAGAUAGAUACUGCUAGACACCUGCACUAAGGGAUUGAGGCACUGGCAAGCUCAUAAGACGUCCUGGUCCGUGC